AAUGGAGAGGAAAAAUCAACUUUUAUUUCCGCAGUCAAAUUCUUAUACACCAAAUUUCAUCCACAAUCUCCUCCCAACUCGGAUUUCAGACACUCGCCGGGAUAAGAAUUAUUGGGUUGGGAAGCAGAUGAUCUCAUCCAAUCAACACAUUUAGCGAUAGCUAAACUACCCGAAUUCACAAACCCAAUCAUUCAUCAGCACUGUCAUCAUCUUCAUAACUUUCGGAUCAGUGUCUAUAUAUGUAGAUCGAUACUAAAAUGGGCCACCAUAACAACCACCAGCACCCCACCUCCGAUGGCCUCUCUCAGCGCGUCAGCAGCCCUCGUUUCUCGGGUCCAAUGACUCGCCGCUCUUUCAAACGCAACAAUACCGCCACCACCCAAAAUAGCAGCUCUCAUAAUAAUACCAACAAUGCUUCUGGCACACACCAUGAGAUUGAUCUCUACCUCAACUCGCCCAGAUCUGAAAUCAAUAGUCCUCCACCUGCCACUGAUGGGUUCGAGUCAGUGGUGGAAAAGAAACAGACCCAUUUGAGUCAUCAUGUAAGAGAGAGAAUUAAUGUAAAGAAGGCUGUUGGGUCGGUUGUGAGUGUGGAUUUGGGAUUGGGAUUGAGAGGGAAGAAGAAGUUGGGGCACUGGAUGUUCUUGGGGUUUUUUGGGGUGUGUUUGUUUUUGGGUGUUUUGAAGAUCUGUGCUACUGGGUGGUUUGGAUCUGCCAUUGAAAGAGUUGGGUCCAAUCAGGAUUUACCUGAUUCACCGAUCACUCAUCAGAUUCUUAAGGAUCAAAGCUCUCAUGAUUACGGAUAUAGGAAGGGAGAAAGUAAUGUUGGAGUUGAAGGAAAUGAUUUGGAACGGACUCUAAAGAUGGUAGCAUCAGGUGUAGUCAGUAGCCAGAACAGCAUGUCUGAUAAUUCAGGUAUCUGGUGCAAACCUAGUAGUGAGAAUUUCACUCAGUGUAUUGACAGGCCGAAAAGUCAUAGGAAGCUGGAUGCAAAGACAAAUGGUUACAUCCUGAUAAACGCGAAUGGUGGCUUGAAUCAGAUGAGAUUUGGGAUCUGUGAUAUGGUCGCUGUUGCUAAAAUCAUGAAGGCGACUCUUGUCCUUCCAUCUCUUGAUCACACUUCCUACUGGGCUGAUGAGAGUGGCUUCAAAGAUCUGUUUGAUUGGCAGAACUUCAUUGAGACUCUGAAAGAUGACAUCCACAUAGUUGAAACAUUACCCCUUGGCUAUGCUGGAAUUGAACCUUACACAAAAACACCAAUAUCUUGGUCUAAGGUUAGCUAUUAUAAGUCAGAGGUUCUCCCUCUUCUGAAGCAGCACAAAGUAAUAUAUUUGACCCACACUGAUUCCCGACUUGCCAACAACGAUCUCCGCACUUCCAUACAGAAGCUAAGGUGCCGUGUGAAUUACAGGGCACUAAAAUACUCGACAUCAAUAGAAGAACUGGCAAAAGUCUUGGUUUCAAGAUUGCGACAAAACAGUAGCCCUUAUAUUGCUCUUCAUUUGAGGUAUGAGAAGGAUAUGCUCGCUUUCACGGGCUGCAGUCAUAAUUUGACUGCAGUGGAAGAUGAUGAGCUGCGUAGGAUGCGGUAUGAGGUCAGCCAUUGGAAGGAAAAAGAGAUUGAUGGGUCAGAGAGAAGGCAGCUUGGUGGCUGCCCAUUGACCCCAAGGGAAACUGCUCUUUUGCUUAAAGGGCUGGGUUUCCCAUCCAACACAAGGAUUUACCUGGUUGCUGGUGCAGCUUAUGGAACUGGGACUAUGCAACAUCUCACAGAAAGUUUCCCAAAUAUCUUCUCCCAUUCAAUUCUUGCCACAGAACAAGAACUAAAUCCUUUCAGGAAUCACCAGAACAUGCUGGCCGGUCUGGACUAUGUUGUUGCCCUUCGUAGUGAUGUUUUCGUUUAUACCUAUGAUGGUAAUAUGGCAAAGGCAGUUCAAGGUCAUAGACGCUUUGAGAACUUCAAGAAAACUAUCAAUCCGGACAGGAUGAAUUUUGUAAAACUAGUUGAUGAAUUUGAUGAAGGAAGAAUUUCUUGGAAGAAAUUUAGUUCUAAAGUGAAGAAGCUUCAUAAAGAUCGAGUUGGAGCUCCAUAUAUGAGGGAACCUGGUGAAUUUCCAAAGCUUGAAGAGAGUUUUUAUGCAAACCCCUUUCCUGGAUGUAUUUGUGAAAGAUCAAAUGAGAAAUAGAGGUGGAUCAUAAAGGUUUUUGCGAUUUUUUUGUGAGUUCAGCUGCUAGAGAAAAAACUCUUGAAGAAUUUGUUGCCAUUGCUUUACACGGUCCCUCAGGAAGUAGCAGGGUUAAACCUUCACCAGGGAAAUUAACUACAUCACUUUGAAAACAAGUCAGGUUGGAGGGGCGCAUACUCAGUUCUGUAGUACCUAUACGAUGAAGUUCUGUAAUUGCAGCUUCAUUCAGGGUACACUGCAGAGAAGAGAAUCUUACUACACUUACAGUGAUCCAUCGAGAAAGUAGUUCACUUCAUCAAUCGGACAUCUUUCCAUUGGAUUAUAUUUUACAAGGUAGGUUGUUUUGAGGCUGUUUACUAACUGAUGAAUUACGAGAGGGUGACACAGAAAGUAGUGUGUUACUUUCAAAUAUCAGUUACACGAAAGUGAUAUUAUAUGGUGCAAAUGGAGCAUUUUAUUGUCGAUGGAUGUACAACAUUCUCAACGGAAAAUUGUCAGUAAGAUCUGCAUUAGGAUAGAAACCAAUGGUCCAGGUACUAGUAUUUGACAUACGAACAUCACGC